AUGAAGUAUACGGACUUCAAAACUGUACUAAAUAGCUCGAGUUACAAAGUUGGUGCGAGAAGGGCUCACCGUAUUCAAACCGCAUUGAACGAGGGAUUUGAGCAUACUCGAAUUUUUGAAAUUGACUUCAAAAAUUUUAAGAGGGAUGUUGUUGCUUGUGUUGGGAAUAAGGACGCGAAGAUGUUGAUCAAUAAACUAUCAAACAGAUGGGAUAUUGUCGCCGAUUAUUUUUUCGAAUACAAGUGCAAUGAACAAGAGUUGAGCGCAAUUUUCUGGGCAGAUGGAGUUGCUAGAAUUAACUACAAAGAUUUCGGUGAUGUCAUAUCAUUUGACGGGACCUUUCGCACUAACAAGCAUGCAAUGAUUUUCGUUCCUUUCUUGGCUGUUGACAAUCAUAAGGUGUCCAUUGUUGUGGGAUCCGCUCUAAUAAGUAGCGAGACAAUUGAUAACUUUUCAUGGGUUCUAAAGGCUUUUCUAAAAUGUCAUGAGAAGCAACCAUUGUUCGUGAUUACAGACCAAUGUUCGGCAAUGAAGCAGGCUAUUCCGAUGGUUUUCAUGGAAGCCAAGCAUAGACUAUGUAUGUGGCACAUUAUGAAGAAGGUGCCUUCAAAGGUUAGUGUCGCCCUGAAUCACAAUCCUAUGUUCAAUAAAUUUAUCAACAAGCUCGUAUGGAACAUACAUAUUGGCCCAAUGGAGUUCGAGAGUCGUUGGCAUGAGAUGAUAGAUCAAUACAAUCUAGGUGGGGAUACUUGGUUCACAGAGAUGUAUGAAAUCCGACACUCAUGGAUUCCUGCCUAUUAUAAGGACACGCCGAUGUCUGGACUAAUGAAAACAACCUCAAGAUCUGAGAGUUUGAAUUCGUAUAUUAACAUAUAUGAAUCGUACUGGUUUGAUUUGGUUCAAUUCCUUAAUAAUUACGACGUAGCUAUAGAGAAACAAAGAUACAGACAAUAUGUUCACGAAGCUGUGACGAGAACCACUAAUCCAAAGAAGGUUGAUGCCGAGAAAGAUAAGUGUAUAAUUGAUGUAUAUUCCAAGGUCGACGACAUAAUAAGCAUCGCCCGCAAUGAUAAAUCUAUAUUGGCUAGAUUGGGGCGUAACCUCGACAAAUUCAUGGGUGAUAUAGAGAAGGAAGUUCCAUACGAAGACCCAUCCCAACAAAAGUUGGAUGCGAUUAGAGAUCAUCUAGGUGUUUCCAUACCUGAUGAGGUGGACAUUCUACCACCAUCUGGAAUAAGGAACAAGGGUUGUAGCACUGGCAAGAGGCUGAUUGUUGUUGUCAAACUAACAUAUGUUCGUGCGACGUCGUCACCUUAUAGUUUAGAUUUCGGUUAA